AGAGCGCAGACUCAAAUGCGGGCGGACAGCUGGGCACUACAGUCCGACCGCAGCGCUCCGAGAGCCAUGGAGCGCACCGCCGGGCGGCUUGCCUGCUCGACCGUGGGGCUGUGGCUGGGGUUGUUGCUGCUGUGCAGCUGGGGGUUCCCCGGGAGCGCCGAGCCACGGGCCCCGCCGGAGAAUAUCGCGAUUAUUGGAGCUGGCAUUGGUGGCACUUCAGCAGCCUAUUAUCUGCGGCAGAAAUUUGGGAACGAUGUGAAGAUUGACGUGUUUGAAAAAGGAGAGGUGGGGGGCCGUCUGGCCACCGUGACUAUGCAGGGGCAAGAAUAUGAGUCAGGAGGUUCUGUCAUCCAUCCUUUAAAUCUGCACAUGAAGCGUUUUGUCAAGGACCUGGGUCUCUCUGCUGUUCAGAGCACUAGUGGCCUAGUGGGGGUGUAUAACGGAGAGACUCUGGUAUAUGAGGAGAACAGCUGGUUUAUAAUAAACAUGAUUAAACUAAUUUGGCACUAUGGAUUUCAGUCCCUCCGAAUGCACAUGUGGGUAGAGGAUAUAUUAGACAAGUUUAUGAGGAUCUACCGCUACCAAUCUCACGACUAUGCCUUCAGUAGCGUAGAAAAGUUACUACAUUCCCUAGGAGGGGACGACUACCUUGGAUUAUUUAACCGAUCACUACUUGAAACCUUGCAGAAAGCAGGCUUUUCUGAGAAGUUCCUCGAUGAAAUUAUUACUCCUGUCAUGAGGAUCAAUUAUGGCCAAACCAUGAACAUCAAUGGCUUUGUAGGGGCAGUGUCAAUGUCCUGUACUGAUCCUGGCCUUUGGGCAGUAAAAGGUGGCAAUAAACUUGUUUGCUCACGGCUCCUUCAGGCUUCCAAAAGCAAUCUUAUAUCUGGCUCAGUAAUGUCCAUAGAGGAGAAAACAAGGACCAAGCAGACAGGAAAUCCCACAAAGGUGUAUGAAGCGGUCUACCAAACCGGAUCUGAGACCCAUUCAGACUUCUAUGACAUCGUCCUGGUGGCCACUCCAUUGAAUCGAAAAAUGUCCAAUAUAACUUUUCUCAACUUUGAUCCUCCAGUUGAGGAAUUCCAUCAAUACUACGAACCUUUAGUGACAACUUUAAUUAAGGGGCAGUUGAAUUCAACUGUCUUUACCUCUAGAGCCUUAGAUGAGUUUGAUCUCGGUACAAUCUUAACCACUGAUAAUCCAGAUUUGUUCAUUAACAGCAUUGGGUUUGUGUCUUCUGUAGAAGAAAAUAAUAAUCCUCAGCCAAAAGCGGAUAGGGCACACGUUUGGAAGAUCUUUUCCGCAGGACCUCUUACUAAAGAACAAAUUUUAAAGCUCUUUGUGUCCUAUGAUUAUGCUGUGAAGCGGUCAUGGCUUGCAUACCCUCAUUAUACGCCUCCGGAGAAAUGCCCUUCCAUCAUACUUCACGAUCGACUUUAUUACCUCAACGGCAUGGAGGUUGCAGCAAGUGCCAUGGAAAUGAGUGCUGUUGCAGGCUACAAUGCUGCUCUCCUCGCCUAUCACCGCUGGAACGGGCACACACACAUGAUUGACCAAGAGGACUUAUAUGAGAAACUUAAAACUGAACUAUGAAAUACCACUAUUUCUUUUUUUCCCCUCCUGGUUCCAAAUGGAAUUAUCACUGGCAAAAAAGAACACAGUCUGAGCAGAGAUGAUUUUGAAUCAGAUAUUUUGCUGUUAUCAUUGUUUAACAAAAGUAAUCCCAGUGAAUCAUGAGAUAUACAAGGUCCUAAUUAAGCAUGAAGGCAUAACUAUUGCAUCUCCAAAAUUUAUUCUUUAAUAUCCAUCAGCAGUGUUUCCCAAAAUUCUCUGAUCAUAAUCAUCUGGAGUUUGUUAAAUGUACGGAUUCU